UAGAAAUUCGAGAAUGGAAAAAAAAUAAUUCUAGAAGCCUCUAAUAUCUCUCUCUUUAUUAUUUAAUCCUCUGCGAAGAUUCUCUGUCUUCACCACACCUUCUCUUCUUCCUCCUCCAAAAUUUGAAACCCUUCUUUCUCGAUCUAUCUCCCAAGAUUUCACGUUUGUACUCGAGGAAUUAAUGGCUUCAAAGCGUAUUCUUAAAGAGCUCAAGGAUUUACAGAAGGAUCCUCCUACGUCUUGCAGUGCUGGUCCUGUGGCUGAAGACAUGUUUCAUUGGCAAGCAACUAUCAUGGGCCCUGCUGAUUCUCCAUAUUCAGGAGGUGUAUUCUUAGUUUCUAUUCAUUUCCCUCCAGACUAUCCUUUCAAGCCCCCAAAGGUUGCUUUUAGGACAAAGGUGUUCCACCCAAACAUUAACAGCAACGGAAGCAUAUGUCUGGACAUCCUUAAGGAACAGUGGAGCCCUGCGCUAACUGUUUCUAAGGUGCUGUUGUCCAUAUGCUCUCUGUUAACUGAUCCCAACCCUGACGAUCCUCUCGUUCCUGAAAUUGCUCACAUGUACAAGACUGAUAGAACCAAGUAUGAAGCAACAGCACGUAGCUGGACUCAAAAGUAUGCUAUGGGAUAGUGGACUACAGCCUCACCCAACUCAGCCUGCGAAGAUAGAAGUUCCCUUUGAAAGUUGUUUUCCAUGAAGUGAAAGAAAUGAAGGCCUCUGUAUUCGUAAGACUUAAUUUUUUUUGCAAGGAACCUGACUUUUAUUGUGAAUAUUGAUUUGAAGAAAUUAUAUAAUGGAAGAUCUGUAACUUAUAUUA